UUCAUAUUACUCUGAUCAUCCUACAACAUGAGCGAUAACUUGGCUUUAAAGCAUGCUUUUGACAUUGAAGUGCAGGUGGACAAGUACUCUGAGGGAGAAACAGACCUAGAUCAGCAAACGAAAAAUCUGAAUUUUACAAUCGUCGGGGGAAGCAUCACCCCGGAAGAGACGUUCACGCCGCGCAUUAAAUCGACCUCAAUCACAGGGAUUGACGAGGCUACGUUGAGUUACAAGGAGAAGAUCUUGCACUUAAAGGUCACUGCUGAAGCACUCAUUGAUCAUGAGAUGGCGUCUGGUCAUGAGACAGGAUUUAGGUCUAAGGUGCAACUCACGUGGUAUGGCGAUGUGAAGCUCGGGAAGGAUGAGGACAGCAUUCUUUAUGGAAACUUCACGGGUGAAACGCAAUUGGGAAAUCCAAUUGCGUGUUUUCGCCUCGAUGGUAAAAGCGAAGAAUUUGCUGGACUUAAAAACCGGACUUUUAUUGGUCAAGGCAAAUUUAAAUGCAAUGGGAACGGGCUGCGCAUAUUCUACCAUGUGAGCGAAGUCACUCAGAAGGGCGGCCGUACGGAAUUGGAAAUCAUGGAAUGCUUGAGAAAUGAGGAAUUUAGAUUUCCACUCAUUCAAUAACCAAGAGUUGAAACGGCGGAGACAGAGCCAUCUAUUAUGAGAUAAAUUUUUUGACAAUAUUCGAAAUUGAUGACUCCAUUUCCAAUACAGUAGCUACAAGAGUAACUGAACUCGUUUUGUUAUGCCCCUUGUAGAGAUCGUUUCCAAUCGGUUCUACAUGGUCAAUCCUGAUUGACUUACAACCAAAUACAUUAUCUCCGACCCAUUUAGGGGCCAGGCCGGACGCCACUCUUUUCAAAACGAUGCGCUCACGCUUUUGCGUAGUACAUAACAUACUCCAACCUGAAACAUCGAGUUCUCUGUAACCUGUGGUUCACUAAUGCUUGCACCAUGAUCGUUGCCCCAUAGUUUGAGAUCCCGUUUUCUCCUUGAGAGAGGAAAUACUGAUCACAACUCAGGCCGUACGCGCCGUUUGCUUCAUCAUCUUGUUCGGAAGUUCGAAAGCAGUAAAUAUGGGCAGCGCGCUAGAACAAAGACAACCGUAAAGGGGCUUACAAGUCGAAGCAACAAGACGUACAUUGCGGUCUUUAGGGGCAAUGGGAAAACUACAUACGGAUGGCCCUCAAUGGCCUAGUAGGUCCCAUCAUUUGAGGACAUAUAAGUGGCGCAAUGAUAUCUACCAUGAGUUACAGAAUAUAAUGCGAAAUUCGGGGC